AUGCAUGCAGGAGGUCACCACACAUACGUACCUGAACAGGCAUUGGCGAGGAGAAGAUGGCACGACACGUUAUACGUGCGACAUGUGUGGGAUUUCAAUGGAGGAGAAAUAGAACUGAAGGCUCAUAUAGACGGCCAUACUGGCGAGAAAUCAUACCAGUGCGCUGAAUUUGACAAGCUGUCUCAGAUAUUAGAUGAAGAUGAAGCAGAUUUUCUAGAAAAGGCUUUAGAUGAAGAUUGCCAAUUAAAUUUCUUAGUUGAAGAUUGUUUAAUAGAGCUAGACCAGUUUAAUGAAAGCCUGUGUCCUAGUGAUGUUCGAGCUGCCUCUCAAGAUGAACCUUCAAAUGCAACAAGGCUUGUAGAUAUUCAAGAAUCAAUGAAAGAUCUGAUGCGUACACAAAUAGACCAACAACUGGAACUUUUAAAGAAUUUAGACCGUAAAGGGAAAGUGAACCCAAACUCACUAUCUUCAAAAAAACUUGGAGGUGAAGCAAAACGUGCCGUUGCUGGAUUGGCAAGGUCAAACGAAAACUAUGAGAUUGCAUUGAGACUCCUUCAUGAGAGAUACGGAAAUCAACAAGAAAUUGUAGAUUUACAUUACAAAGCUCUGAUGAACGUACAUUCUCCUUUGAAUAAGGUGGAGAGCCUUAGAAGUUUCAUAGACACCACAGAAAAACACCUCAGAAGCUUAGAGGUACUUGGAGAAAAUGUCAAUCAACACGUGUUUGUGUCUAUGAUUCGAACCAAGUUGCCGGAGGAAGUACUACGUCAACUCGAGUUCAACAAAGAAGCAAAGGCUGAAUGGACACUAACGAAGUUGAGAGAACAGUUGAAAAACUAUGUUGUUGCUUGUGAAAGAGCAGAUAAGAAAAAAGUAGAGUAUCAAAGUGUUACAAAAGUGAACCCUCUAAGCCAUGUGAAUGGAUUUAAACCACCUUACCGUUAUCCUCCUACUACUGGUGGGAAUCGAUAUUCCAACACAGUAAUGAAACAAAGUUCAGCUGAGUCAUUGUUUGCUAGUGAAAAAGCACAAAGAGUGAAAUCUGAAAAUAAACCAUAUGUGUGUAAAUAUUGUUCAAGGUCACAUUGGAGCGACGAGUGCACAGAAUAUAGAACAGUAGACGAGAGAAAGAGAAAAAUCAAAGGUUGUUGCUUCAAAUGUUUGAAAUCUGGACAUAUGGCCAAUGAGUGUAAAACAAGUAAAGCGUGCGUGUACUGUGGUGAAUUCAAUCAACAUCAUAGAAGCCUAUGCCUCAAGAAGUUCUCUACAAAAGGUGCUUCAACAAAAACCAACGUCAAUCUUACUGAAGAGGUAGGAGCUUGUGUAGAGGACAUGACAAAUUCUGGAGAGAAUGUUAUGGUUUCUGUCGGAGAAACAGUGUUCAUGCAAAUUGCAACAACAGAAGUGAAAAAAGAUCUUACAAACACAGAUUAUGUCAAAACAAGACUUCUUCUAGACUGUGGCUCUCAACGAACUUACAUAACCAAGUCUUUAGCAGAUAAGCUCGGUUUAAAGCCAAAGAAAACUGAAGAAUUAAAAGUUGUUACAUUUGGUAGCACUCAUUCAAAGAACAUCAAAACAGAGUUGACUACAUUGUAUUUGAAGUUGAAGAAUGGACAGUACAUUGAAAUUAAAGCAAACAUUGUGCCAGUGAUCAGUGGUAACAUUCAAAGGAAAACACUUAACAUUAAAGCCAUGAGUGACUUAGAUCACUUAGUGAACAGUGUGGAACUGGCAGAUACUAUUCCGAGGAAUUGUGAAAUGGCAAAUGUGGAACUUCUUCUGGGUAAUGACUAUUACCUGGAUAUUGUACUUUCUCAGAAGUUGGAAGUGACACCAGGACUGUAUUUGUUAAGUUCAAAACUUGGUUGGAUCCUAGCUGGACGUACCACCUCUGAAGAAACAGACGACAGUGUACCAAAUAUGUUAAUUCUAACACAUGGAUCUACGUUCACAAAAACCAAUGUGUUUCAAUGUGUCGAUAGUGUUCUUGAAAGUAAACCUGAAUUGGAGGAUUUCUGGAGUAUUGAAGCCAUUGGUGUAAAGGACAAGCCAGAUUAUUCAGAUGAUGAUACGGCCAUGCAAAUGUUUAAGAAAAACAUCAAAUUCCAGGAUGGACGCUAUCAGGUCACUUGGCCAUGGAAAAAUGAAAUUCAAGAACUCCCGAAGAACCGAGAGCUAGCAUAUGGUCGACUGAAAUCAUGUGUGAAGAAACUGAAAGGAAAACCAGACUUUUUACAGAAGUAUAACUCUGUCAUCCAAGAUCAAUUUCAGAAAGGCAUUAUCAAGAAAGUUGAGGAAGCCGAAUCAGAUGGUCUUCAGCACUACUUACCCCAUCAUGCUGUUGUCAACCUACACAGAACUAGUACAAAGGUUAGAGUCGUUUUUGAUGCUUCGGCAAAACUUACCAAAGACAGCAACAGCCUCAACGAUUGUUUAUACAGAGGACCUGUUCUACUUCAUGAUUUGUGUGGACUUUUGAUGAGAUUUCGUCUACACAAAGUCGCAAUGGUAUCUGACAUUGAAAAGGCAUUUUUACAAGUGGGAUUGCAGACUAGCCAAAGAGAUGUUACCCGAUUCUUUUGGAUAAAAGAUGUUCAAAAACCAGAAGUCACAUCUGAGAAUCUACAAGUGUUUCGUUUCUGCAGAGUACCGUUUGGUGUGAUAUCGAGUCCUUUCUUGUUAGGUGCUACUGUGGAAAACCAUCUGGAUUCAUAUGAGUCAGACGUGUCACAGAAAUUGAAAGGUGACAUAUAUGUUGACAACAUUGUUACCGGAGCAAACAGUGACAAAGUGGCUAUUGAUCUAUACAAAACAGCAAAGUCAAUUUUCAAUGAUGCGUCCAUGAAUUUACGGGAAUGGCUUACUAACAGUGAAGAAGUCAAUAAGUGCAUUCCAACAGCCGAUCUCGCAGAGCCAAAGGAAAUGAAGGUUCUCGGUCACAUCUGGGAUCACAAAUCUGACAAAAUUUCUGUGAAAGAACCAAAGGUCAUGGACGACGAUUGUCCCACAACCAAACGCAACAUAUUGAAAAGAGUAGCGUCUGUGUUUGACCCUAUUGGGUUAUUUUCUCCUGUUGUGUUACAAGGGAAAGUGCUUCUUCAAGAAUUGUGGUCUAGAGGGUUUGACUGGGAUGAUUCAAUCGAUGAUGAAAAAGUGAGACAGUGUUGGAGUGAAAUAGAUUCAGAGUUGAAAGACAUUCCAAAGUGCAAAGUUAAUCGGUGCCUUGCAAACAGUGAUCAAAAGAAUAUGUCUUGCAGUCUCUUGUGUUUCUGUGACGCUUCAAAAUCUUCAUAUGCGGCAGCUGUGUACCUUCAUCAAGAUGGUCAACAAGAAUCAAGAACAGAUCUGUUAUUUGCAAAGACAAGACUUGCUCCGGUCAAAGAGAUGACUAUACCUUAG